CGCCGGCCCGGCCUAGGCCGCAGCCCCGGGCCCGCGUCGCGCCACCCCCUAUGGGCCCCGGCUGAGGUACCGCCGCCGCCGGCCGCGGAGCCCCGAUGCUGGCCCGGAGGAAGCCGGUGCUACCGGCGCUCACCAUCAACCCCACCAUCGCCGAGGGCCCGUCCCCGACCAGCGAGGGCGCCUCCGAGGCGAGCCUGGCAGACCUACAGAAGAAGCUGGAGGAGCUGGACCUGGAUGAGCAGCAGAGGCGGCGGCUGGAGGCCUUCCUUACCCAGAAGGCUAAGGUCGGCGAGCUCAAGGACGACGACUUCGAGAGGAUCUCAGAGCUGGGCGCUGGCAAUGGCGGCGUGGUCACUAAGGCUCGGCAUAGGCCGUCAGGCCUCAUCAUGGCCCGGAAGCUGAUCCACCUGGAGAUCAAGCCGGCCGUCCGCAACCAGAUCAUCCGGGAGCUGCAGGUGCUGCACGAGUGCAACUCGCCCUACAUCGUGGGCUUCUACGGGGCCUUCUACAGUGACGGCGAGAUCAGCAUCUGCAUGGAGCACAUGGACGGUGGCUCGCUGGACCAGGUACUGAAGGACGCCAAGCGGAUCCCUGAGGACAUCUUGGGGAAGGUCAGCAUUGCGGUACUCCGUGGUCUGGCCUACCUCCGCGAGAAGCACCAGAUCAUGCACAGAGAUGUGAAACCCUCCAACAUCCUGGUGAACUCUCGUGGAGAGAUCAAGCUGUGUGACUUCGGGGUGAGCGGCCAGCUGAUUGACUCCAUGGCCAACUCAUUUGUGGGGACACGCUCCUACAUGUCUCCAGAGCGGCUGCAGGGCACACACUACUCCGUGCAGUCGGACAUCUGGAGUAUGGGACUAUCACUGGUGGAGCUGGCCAUCGGGAGGUACCCCAUCCCUCCACCUGAUGCCAAGGAACUAGAGGCCAGCUUUGGCCGGCCCGUGGUCGACGGGGCAGACGGAGAGCCUUAUAGUGUCUCGCCAAGGCCCAGGCCCCCUGGACGCCCCAUCAGUGUAGGUCAUGGAAUAGACAGCCGACCGGCCAUGGCCAUCUUUGAACUGCUGGACUACAUCGUGAACGAGCCACCUCCUAAGCUGCCCAGUGGUGUGUUCAGCUCAGACUUCCAGGAGUUUGUGAGUAAAUGCCUCGUCAAGAACCCAGCGGAGCGCGCAGAUCUAAAGAUGCUGAUGAACCAUGCCUUCAUCAAGCGCUCGGAGGGGGAGGAGGUGGACUUCGCUGGCUGGCUGUGCCGAACCCUGCGGCUGAGGCAGCCCAGCACACCCACGCGCACUGCAGUGUGACAGCCGUCGCCCAGCAGCCUGUGUCCUUGUCUCUGUCGGCAUGGUCAGCACAGUGGCCGCCUCUGGGGACAAUGAUGCUGUGUGUUGUGGCAGGGGACCUGAGU